AUGGCCUCAUCAUUCGCCCAUCACAUUAUUCUAGGAGAAGUGUGGGUUAACAUCCUUGUUUCCUUUGCUGAUACAAUAGCAGAGCAGUCAUCAUUGGAGUCUGAAGCCAAAGUUGUGUUAGAGAGUGGAUGGUGGAAUGACCAUAGCAACGACACUUCACAACGUUGCAAGUGGCCUGGUAUCUCAUGCAACCCUGCAGGAAGCAUCACCAAAAUUGAUCUUAGUGGUAGUCAAGAUGGUGGAAAUAUACCACCUGGAAUAGGUGAUCCAUAUGCAUUGGAGUGCAUUGGCUUGUCCUCUUGUGAUUUAUCUGGUGAGUUACAUCCUCCUCUUGGAAACCUUACCCUUUUAAAGUUUCUCGACCUUUCCAAUAAUUAUAUUAAUGAUCAUAUCCCUUCUGAUUUGGGUCACUUAACCAAUUUGCAGACUUUGUAUCUUGUUGAUAACCAAACUAAGGGAUCCAUCCCAUCAGAAAUUGGACUUCUAUCAAAUUUGGUUAUUUUGGAUUUAGAUAACAACGUGCUUGUUGGCUCCAUUCCUUCUGCUUUGGGUCAAUUAACCAAUAUGGAAACUCUGUCCCUUGAUGAUAACCAACUUGAAGGUUCCAUCCCUUAG